ACCGUGCUGUGGAACAUACAAACUACUCCUCAAUGCUGCAGUAAAAAUAUAAAAAUAUUCUGCAAAAUGAUUUGUCGCCUGUGCCUGAACACGCUGGACGAGCAGAAUGCCGUCCUACUGUUCGGCGGCACCGUACCCCCCGACGCCGCGCAGGAUAACGACAGUGCAGGGCCAGCGGCAGCAGCGGCAGCAGCAGCAGCAGCCAGCAGCAAACCAGUGCCGGAAAGCUAUUUGGUCCAAUUGAUCUCGAUCCACUUGUACCUCUGCCUGUCAAGCGACGAUGCCAUCUCCACCUGCAUCUGCAGCGAGUGCUGCGGGCAGCUGGAGAGCUUCCACAACUUCUGGAAGCUGGUGGAGCUGAAGCAGACGACACUGUGCAGCCAGUUUCUGGAGAUUGACUGCGAUGUGAACUGGUCGGAGGAGGGCGAUGUUGUCGAUGUCGAUGAGGCGUCGUCACCCUGCCAGCUCCUCAAAGAGGAUCUACCGGAGUAUGCCGAACCGAAGAUUGUCGCAGCAGCAGCUGCGGCGACGGCGUCGGCGGCCAACAAAUUUCCGUGCAUGUUCUGCGAAAAGUCCUUCAAGAUGCGCCGCUAUCUGGAGGAGCAUGUGGCCACACACACCGGGGAUCGGCCCAUUGCCUGUCCCUACUGCGAAAUGGCCUUCCGCUGCCGCUCCAAUAUGUACACGCACGUGAAGAGCAAACACACCACACAGUGGCUGAAGGCGCGCGAGGAGCGCGACGCGGCCAAGUCUCAGAAUCAGGUGCACACCCAGCCCGAGGUGCCCAGCGAGCCAGCGGUGAUUGAAGAGCAGCAGCAGCUGCCGCCAGCGCCAGCGCCUGUAGUUUCGCUGCCCUCUCCACCGCCACCGCCGCCGCCAGUGCCGCUGCCGCUGCCGCUUCCACUGUCCGCCAUCAAGAGUGAUUCCAUCGAAGCCAUCAACCUGACGAUGGCCAAAACGUCUCCAUCCACGACCACCCGCUCACGCACGACUCGCUCCAGCCGCCGCAAGACGCAGUCCCCCAAGAAGGUGCACAACACCGAAUGCAUUGCCAGUGAUGGCGAUGGCGAUGCCAAGGACAACCACAGCAGCAGCAGUCCCGUGCAUCACGAGCAUCACCACAAGCGCCUCAAGGAGAACGAACUGAUGCUGGCCAACUACAAUGCUGUGGCUGCCGCCGUCGUGGCAGCGGCCACCUUCAGCGACCGAACAGCCACUGGGCCGGCGGACAGCCUGCAGCAGCGUCUGUGUGCGGGUCUACUGUUCCAGCAGCAGCAGCAGGAUCUCUUCACGGCUAUGACGGCAGCGGCGGCGAGCACGAGUACAGCCACCGCCAUAACGACAGGAGCAGCAGGAGGCGAAGCAGGAGCACUGUCGCAUCCAUACAGGUGAGGCACACGCCACAGAAGAAGCCACACAAAACGGCGGCACAGAAUGGAGGAUAGCGCUGCUCUGGCUGCCACUGGCACGCCCAUCAUUUGUCCCAGCUGCGGCGAGCUGCCUGGCCAGAAUCAUCGCUGCCUGACAAAGCCCAAAUACGCCUGCGAAGUGUGCGGCAAGUGCUUCAAAAUGAAGCGCUACCUGGAGGAACACUUUGCCACGCAUACGGGCGUCAAGCUGCACACCUGCUCCUUCUGCCCCACAGAGUUUCGCUCCAAAUCGAAUAUGUACCAUCACACGAAGCGCAAGCACAAAGUCGAAUGGGAGCGUUCGCGGGCUACACGCACCGCUGCCGCUGGCAAAACGGCGCCAACAGGCACCGACACCGGCAGUCCCGACGGUGUCCAGGAGUCGCCACUGGAUGGCUCUGUAUCCGGACAUCCGUAGUUUUUAUAUAUUUGUAUUAUUCUUUAGCCGUUUUUUUUUAACUGCAUGUUAGUCCGUAAUGUACUUGCUGUACUUAUUUCUCUGUCACGCUGCUGUCCUUCGUCCUCAGAAUGGAGGCUUCUUUUGUGCAUACACUCUUCCCCCCCUCUCUCUUCCCGCUGUAUUCUCGUGUACUAACCUUUGCCUUGGCAGCUGCCAGACUGCAGCUGCACUGCGACUGCAGCCGCAUCUGGGGGCUAAUCCUUCAAAAGUAAAAACUUUAUUUCCAUAAAAUGUUCAAUCGUUUAU